AUGCCCGCGUCCUGGAUCCCUGCUCUCUGCCUCGGUGCGUGGCUGCUGCUGCUACUGCUGCCCCGGCUCGCGCGCGCCGAGGGAGCCGUUCCCAUUGCCAUCACCUGCUUUACCAGAGGCCUGGAUAUCCGGAAAGAGAAAGCAGAUGUUCUCUGCCCAGGAGGCUGCUCUCUCGAAGAAUUUUCUGUGUUUGGGAACAUAGUAUAUGCUUCGGUAUCCAGCAUAUGUGGGGCUGCUGUCCAUAGGGGAGUGAUUGACACCUCCGGGGGACCUGUGCGUGUCUAUAGCCUUCCUGGUCGAGAGAACUAUUCUUCUGUGGACGCCAAUGGCGUCCAGUCCCAGACGCUUUCCAGAUGGCCUUCUUCCUUCGCCGUGACCAAAGGGAAAAGCAGUUCCCAGGAAGCCACGGGACGGGCCGUGUCCACAGCUCAUCCGCCUGCAGGUAAACGACUCAAGAAAACGCCAGAGAAGAAGACUGGCAAUAAAGACUGUAAAGCAGACAUUGCAUUUCUGAUCGAUGGGAGCUUUAAUAUAGGCCAGCGCCGAUUUAAUUUGCAGAAGAAUUUCGUUGGGAAAGUGGCGUUGAUGCUGGGGAUUGGGACUGAAGGACCACACGUGGGCCUCGUGCAAGCCAGUGAACAUCCCAAAAUAGAAUUUUACCUGAAAAACUUUACUUCAGCCAAAGAUGUCUUGUUUGCCAUAAAAGAAGUAGGUUUCCGAGGGGGUAAUUCCAACACAGGAAAAGCCUUGAAGCACACUGCUCAGAAAUUCUUUACAGCAGACGCAGGGGUGAGAAAAGGGAUACCAAAAGUGGUGGUGGUGUUUAUUGAUGGCUGGCCUUCUGAUGACAUUGAGGAAGCAGGCAUUGUGGCCAGAGAGUUUGGUGUCAACGUAUUUAUAGUUUCUGUGGCCAAGCCUAUCCCUGAAGAACUGGGGAUGGUUCAGGAUGUUGCAUUUGUUGACAAGGCUGUGUGUCGGAACAACGGCUUCUUCUCUUAUCACAUGCCCAACUGGUUUGGCACUACAAAAUACGUGAAGCCUCUGGUGCAGAAGCUCUGCACUCAUGAGCAGAUGAUGUGCAGCAAGACCUGUUACAACUCGGUGAAUAUCGCCUUCCUAAUCGACGGUUCCAGCAGUGUCGGGGAUAGCAAUUUCCGUCUCAUGCUGGAAUUUGUUUCUAACAUAGCCAAGACAUUUGAAAUCUCAGACAUUGGAGCCAAGAUAGCUGCUGUCCAGUUCACUUAUGAUCAGCGCACAGAAUUCAGUUUCACUGACUAUAACACCAAAGAGAAUGUCCUAGCUGUCCUAGGAAACAUACGCUAUAUGAGCGGUGGAACAGCUACUGGAGAUGCCAUUUCCUUUACUGUUAGAAAUGUAUUUGGUCCCAUAAGGGACAGUCCCAACAAAAACUUCCUGGUGAUUGUCACAGAUGGGCAGUCCUAUGAUGAUGUCCGAGGCCCCGCUGCAGCUGCUCAUGAUGCAGGUAUCACCAUCUUCUCUGUUGGUGUGGCUUGGGCACCUCUGGAUGACCUGAGAGAUAUGGCCUCUAAACCCAAGGAGUCACACGCUUUCUUUACCAGAGAGUUCACAGGAUUAGAACCAAUUGUCUCCGACGUCAUUAGAGGCAUUUGUAGAGAUUUCUUAGAAUCCCAGCAGUAA